AUGGCUCUUCAAAACUCCAAGAUCAUUCCUAUCCCCGAGCCUCGGGGUCUACCUUUCAUCGGCAACAUAGCUGAGUUCAGGUCGGACGAUUACCUGCAAGAUCUCAAUCGCCUUCACGACACCUAUGACGGAAAGUCAUACGUCUGCGUCGGGUCCAAUAAGCUCGUCAAUGAGCUCUGCGACGAGUCACGCUUCCAAAAGUCCCUGAAAUCAGAGCUCGGCGAGGCUCGCCUUAUAGUCCAUGACGGGCUCUUCACCGCUCAAAAUGACGAGGAGAACUGA